UUGCCGGCGAAGAUAAAGGAAAAGAGUUGAAUCGGAAAAUUGAUUCCACACCAGCAAAGAUAAGAAGAAAUAAUUACAAAAAGAUGUUCUUGAUAUCGAACACACGUUCUAUUGUAUUUAACCAAUAAAUGAACUCAUCAAGAAGAGUCUUACCCUCAAAUUCUGGAAUCUCAAUCCACAUGUCGAUAUCACGUGCUAGUUUUCCUAUAAACAUGUCGGAGGGCAGCAUCAUUUUUAUGGCAAUACAACAACUUGAGAUUGUUCUAGCUAAGACUCCGGGAUUCUGUAUCUCCCCAUUUAAUCAUCUAGAGUUUUCAAAUAUGACGGAGUUCAAAGGGAUCCUCGAAGAGAUAAUAAAUGAGUUGAGAAUGAUGCUGGAUUUCUUAAAAGACAAGGAAUGGCGAGUGAGGGACAGACUGAGUUAUUUGCUUGCUGACUUUGUCGCGAUGGCUCGAAGAUCAGUACACCUCACAACAUUCGGUAAUGAUAAUGACAUUUUCUGCCCACACUUGGCCACUAUCCGAGAUUGGCUGAGGGAGACAAAAAAGCGUGCGAUGGAGUUUGCAGUUGGUGAAGGGGUGAGCAGACCACAAAGAGUUGGAGAAGUAGGUAUCGUGGUGGGCUUGGAGAAAGACGUGGAACUGCUUGUCGAUAAAGUAAUUCUUAACGAUAGGCCGGACUUCAUCGUUUCAAGUAUCAAAGGCAUGAUUGGUGCAGGAAUGACGACUCUUGCCAGACAAGUAUACAACCAUCCGGACGUCAUUGCAAACUUCAAGCCCCGUUUAUGGAUAACCCUUUCUAGUUAUACGAGUGUAAACGAGGUGCUUGUGGAACUCAUACGCCAGGUUUUGGAGCAAAUGGGCAGCCAAAGUUUCCCUGAGGUGCUUCACCAAUACCCUGAAUUGCCAGAUGUCGUUAUAAUGCACCACCCACCGCAAGACUCAUUCUCGACUGGCUUCAUACAACUAAGUCACGAAAGGGACAACGAGAUUCUCACUAGCUUGCUUUCCGAUAUCCUGAAAGGAUUGACAUAUUUCUUAGUUCUUGACAAUAUUCCGAAAGAAGUACAACUGGAAUUGAUAAAGAAAGGUCUUCAGUGUGGAGAAGGAAACGGAAGUAGAUUGUUGCUCACCAGUUGCCAUCGAAGUAACUUCGAAAUCUUUUACACUCAUGAGGUUAAAUCUUUGGAUUCUGAUAAGAGCUGGCAAUUGUUUUCAAAAACCUUUGAUAAAUUUACAAGUGAAGAGAACAAAUUCUCAAAGGAGUUGGAGAGGAAGGGAAGAGAGAUGCUGAAAAAAUGUUGGGGUCUGCCACUAGCUAUAGUAAAUGUUGCAAGGGAUAAAGCAAGGCAAAGACUUGCAGGGAUGAAAUUGGAAGAACUUUUUGAUUCAAUUGAUUUGAGUGAAACAUUGAAGUUAUUGGAGCCGAUGUAUCAUAAAUUGGAUGAAGAGCUCAAGCCAUGUUUCUUGUAUAUGUCCUUUUUUAAGGAAAAUGCAAUCAUGAGGGAAGAAAAGUUGCAACAUAUUUGGGCUCUAAGAGGAAUAAAAAGACAGAGAGUUGCAACAUAUAUGGUUGAUGAAUUUAUACAUUACCAAUUACAGCCAUGUACAUACAUUCUAGCCAGUGAAUCCAUUAUUGAAAUCGUGCACGAUUUCCGACUUUUUUUUGAAGUGAAAAGGUGCCGCAUCAAUCCUCUACUACACAUGCUAUCCAUCAAAAUAGCAGAGAAGGAAUUAGGGUUUCAGAAAUUAAGGAAUAAUGAAAAUGGUAUACCCUCUCAGAGUCCUCUUCAUCGGGUUGUCCAAUGUAGACGAGAGAAGCAUCAUUACUCGACGAAUCAAGAUAAAUGUCUUGUUUCUCUCAUCUUCCAUGGUGGUGGGGGAUACUUGGACAAUGCUAGCUCUUCUUAUUGGAAGAGUUUUGAACUACUCAGUAUACUCGACAUGGAAGAUUUUGGGGUAAAGACUUUAUCACAAACUAUCGGCACAUUGAUUGAGUUAAGGUAUUUGGGAUUGAGAAACAAUUACAUACAAGAGAUCCCACACUCGUUUGGGGGCUUGGAAAAGCUUGAGAUUCUCGAUAUAGCUCUAAACUUUAUGGUGGAGGUGCCGGAUAUUAUCAAUGAAAUGGGUAGCCUUCGUCAUCUCUACAUGUCUGAUGUGAUUUUCCGGAAGGCUUUGAAGGUAGAUGCGCUACAGAAUCUCGAGACUUUAACCCACAUCUCGAUCUAUGAUUGGACAUAUGCGGUCUCGAGCUUGGAGAAGAUGUCCAGCCUCUACAAAUUGGGCAUUGAAGAAAUUGAUGAAAACUCGGAUACAAGCAAGCUCUUUGCAUCAUUGGCUACGUUAAAGAGCUUUGAAAUCUUCAACAUGAGAGGAUUUCGUUUCAAAAGCAUGCAAUGUUUGGACGAGAUUGGUGUUCUAGAUAGACUCCGUAAACUCCGACUGGACGGACGCCUAGCUAGGCUACCAAGUGCCAUUGAGUCCCUUCGAUUGCUUUCUUACUUAGUAUUGGUGAAUACUUGUCUGGACGAAGACCCGAUGCAAGUGUUACCGAAAAUGAGUCGACUGAAAGUCAUCAAACUGCGGAAUGCAUACAUUGGUCGAGAAAUGGUAAUCGAGAAGCAAAGCUUUCCCUCUCUCGAUAUCCUACGCAUCAAUGAGUUGUGGAAUUUGAGAGAUGUUCGUGUUGAAAGUGGAGGAAUGCGAUAUCUAAAAGAACUAGAAAUCAAGAAUUGUCCACACUUGGAGAAUCUCCCGGAACAGAUUUGUUAUAUGAGAUAUCUGAGGAAGUUAAAGAUGGUAACAACUAAACACAUUGCAACAAAGAUCAGAAAUUCUGGCUUGAUCUCUGAUAUAGUGGAAGUGGAUAUUAGUCCAUAAUUUUAUUUUGUAAGUUUAUUCUUUCCCUUUAUCCCCUUUU